GGGGGUAUAAACAUAAAGCUACUUUCUUUCUAUCUCUCGCUUUCAAUACAUGAAAUGCUUCUUCACACUGCUCCAAAAUGUUCCCAUCAAUCAUCCCUUUUAUAUAUUUCUUCUCCACAAUCUCCACUGCAACAAUCACAAAAUAACCACUUUCUUUGCUCUCUAGGGAAAAAAAAAAAAAAAACCAACUUUAUUAAAUGACUAUUCAGAAAAUUGUCACCCUUGUAUUUUUUCUUACCUUGUCCAGCUUUGUUCAAGGAACCACAAAAAAUGAUCAAUCUCAGUUCUUUGUACUCAUGAAGAAGUCUUUCACAGGGAAUUCUUUGUCUAAUUGGGAUAUUGGAAAACCAGUUUGCCAAUAUAAAGGAGUUGGCUGUGAUGAACAAGGGAAUGUUACAAAAAUUGCCAUCUCAGGUUGGUCUUUAUCAGGCCAAUUCCCUGAUGAUGUGUGCACUUAUUUGCCAAAACUACAAAUUCUUCAUCUUGGUCACAACAAUUUCCAAGGUGGUUUUCCUAAGAGCAUCACAAAUUGUUCUUUCUUGGAAGAAUUAAACAUGACUGCAACAUCACUUACAGGACAAAUUCCAGACUUGUCAAAUUUACAAUCUCUGGAGUUACUUGAUCUUUCCAGUAAUCAAUUAACGGGGGAUUUUCCUUUGUCAAUUACCAAUCUCACCAACUUAAUCGUCCUCAAUUUCAAUGAAAAUCGCCAUUUCAAUCCUUGGCAAUUACCGGAACACAUUUCCAGGUUGAAAAAACUCAAGUGGCUGAUUUUAACAGCUUGCAAGUUGCAUGGGCCAAUUCCAGUAUCAAUAGGAAACAUGACAUCUCUUGUUGAUCUUGAAUUAAGCGGAAAUCGCCUAGUUGGUCAGGUUCCAAAAGAACUCGGGCAGUUAAAGAAUUUGAAACUCCUUGAGCUUUACUACAACCAACUCGAGGGUGAAAUCCCCACGGAGCUAGGGAACUUAACGGAACUUGAAGACUUAGACAUGUCCGCGAACAAUUUGACAGGAAAAGUUCCGGAAUCUAUAAGCCGCCUUCCUAAACUUUCAGUCUUGCAGCUUUACCACAACGCGCUUUCAGGAGAGUUUCCAGCAGCACUUGCAAAUUCAUCCACUUUAACAAUUCUGUCCCUUUAUGAUAAUUUCUUCACAGGAGAAGUUCCACAGAAUUUCGGUCUUUCAUCAGCUUUGACAGCAUUGGACUUGUCAGAAAAUCAAUUUUCUGGAAAGCUACCGCCUUUUCUGUGUAAUGGAGGUAAACUGAAUUAUAUUCUUUUACUCCAAAACAUGUUCUCAGGUGAACUGCCUGAAGGGUAUGUGAAAUGUGAGUCUGUUGUUCGCUUUCGCGUGAAUUACAAUCAGUUGGAGGGAAGAAUACCAGAAGAGCUUUUUACUCUUCCACAUGUUUCCAUUAUUGAUAUGAGUUAUAACCAUUUCAGUGGUCCAAUUCCAACAACAAUUGGAAGUGCUAAGAAUUUAUCCGAACUGUUUAUGCAAAGUAACAGGUUUUCAGGUUUUCUUCCUUUUGAAAUUUCUGGAGCUACUGAUCUCGUGAAGCUUGAUCUUAGCAAUAACCUCUUGUAUGGUCCAAUUCCUCCUGAAAUUGGUGACUUAAAAAGCCUCAAUUUGUUGCUCUUGCAAGGUAACAAAUUCAAUUCUUCGAUCCCCGAGUCACUUUCUUCGCUUAAAUCUCUCAACUAUCUUGACUUGUCGAGCAAUCUUUUGAUGGGAAAUAUCCCUGAAAGCCUUUGUGAACUGUUACCAAAUUCCAUGAACUUGUCAAACAACUUACUUUCUGGUCCUAUACCUCUCUUGUUUGUAAAAGGAGGUGUUUUGGAAAGUUUUUCGGGUAAUCCAGGACUAUGUCUCCCUUCUCCUCUUAACUCAUCAGAUACAAGUUUUCAAACAUGUUCACAUAGUUACAACCAUAAGAAGACAAACAACAUUGUUUGGAUUUUUGGGAUAUCGAUUGGAAUUGUCGUCGUCGGGAUAAUCUUGUUUCUCAAACGAUAUUUUGGUAACAAAAAGGCGGUGAUGGAACAGGAUGAUCAUUCCAUGUCAUCCUCAUUUUUCUCCUACGAUGUUAAGAGCUUCCAUCGAUUGAGUUUUGAUCAACGUGAAAUCUUCGAAGCUAUGGUUGAAAAAAACAUUGUUGGAUAUGGAGGAUCGGGAGCUGUAUACAAGAUCGAGCUGAGUAAUGGAGGAAUGGUCGCUGCAAAGAAACUGUGGAGUCACAAACACAAGCAUUCUGUUUCUGAGGAUCAAUUGAUUUUGGACAAAGAACUUAAGACAGAAGUUGAGACACUUGGUAACAUAAGGCACAAGAACAUAGUGAAAUUGUACUGUUAUUUCUCAAGUUUGGAUUGCAGCUUGUUGGUUUAUGAAUACAUGCCUAAUGGAAACCUUUGGCAUGCCCUUCAUGGUGGGAAAUUCGUGUUGGAUUGGCCUAUUCGUCAUCAAGUUGCACUCGGUAUAGCACAAGGAUUGGCCUAUCUUCACCAUGAUCUUAAUCCACCAAUUAUUCACAGAGAUAUCAAGUCCACCAACAUUCUCCUGGAUAUUGAUUAUCAGCCAAAAGUCGCCGACUUUGGCAUAGCCAAAGUUUUGCAAGCCAGAAGUGGCAAAGAUUCCAGUACUACAGUGAUUGCUGGAACUUAUGGUUACUUGGCACCAGAAUAUGCAUAUUCUUCAAAGGCAACUACAAAGUGUGAUGUCUAUAGUUUUGGAGUUGUCUUAAUGGAAUUAAUCACUGGAAAGAAGCCAGUGGAGCCAGAAUUUGGAGACAACAAGAACAUUGUUUAUUGGGUAUCAACAAAAGUGGAGACUAAAGAAGGUGCAUUUGAAGUCUUGGAUAAAAAAGUCUCAGAUUCUUUCAAGGAGGACAUGAUUAAGGUUCUACGUAUAGCUAUACGUUGUACGUAUAGUACGCCAACUCAGCGUCCUACGAUGAACGAAGUCGUUCAGCUCCUAAUCGAGGCGGAUCCUUGCAAAUUCAAUUGUUGCAACAUGUCAAAUAAGAAGAAGAGUGACACAGAAGAAGUGAUCAAUAAGCCAAAGAGCAUCUAUGACUUUUGAAUAUAUCAGAUUAGUAUAUAAGGUAUAUAGAAUAUGAGAACUGUAUGGUCUCAAAAGAACUAGUCUUUGUGUUUUUUGGUUUAAUAAAUGGUACUCUAGUAGUAAGUAAAUUCUCUUUAUCUUUUAUUUCCUUUUAGUGUAACUUUGCUUUAUAGUUUUGGCCUGUUGUAAGUAUUUGGGAAUUUAUGAAAUACAACAGCUUUAUGGUAA